AUGGAGUUCUCCGGGCAAGAAUGCUGGAGUGGGUUGCCCUUCUCCCUGACCCAGGGGAUCUUCCCUACCCAGGGAUCGAACCCAGGUUUCCUGCACUGCAGUCGGAUUCUUUACCAUCUGAGCCACCAGGGAAGCCUUGCACCGAGUAAGUGCUCAGUGAACAUUUAUGGCUUACAAACUGCUGACAUUUCUGUUUCUGCAGUGAUCUCUGGGAGUCUUGCUUCUCAGACCAGCAUCAGCACCACUUGGGAGCUUGUAGGAAAUAUAGAAUCCCAGGCCCCACACAGACCUUCUCAAUCAGAAUCUGCAGCAUAA